AUGAAUCCGUACGGUCAGUUUUUCGGCGUUCCUCAACAGUACUAUGGAGCCAUCCCAUCAAAUUACCAAUCCUUUCUGUCAACUGGCUUGGUUGGGUAUGCGCCUGUCGCCGCCCCACCGCCGUCUGUGCCUGUGACACAACCUGCUACCACACAAGCUUCAACAACCGAGGCCUCCGUUACCCAGGUGGUCGUCACCCAAGAGAAGACCCCCGUUACUACGGUAUUUGUGGGAAAUAUACCGGAACGAGCGCCGGACUCUCUUGUAAAGUCGCUUUUGAUGCGUUGCGGUAAUAUCCUUAGUUGGAAAAGAGUUCAGGGGGCUUCUGGAAAAUUACAAGCGUUUGGUUUUUGUGAGUAUCAAGAUCCUGAAUCUACGAUGAGAUGUGUUAGGCUUUUAAACGGUUUCGAAAUACUUGAGAAAAAGUUGAUGGUUAAAGUGGAUCCUAAAACUGAGGAUCUUCUGAAUGAAUACCGGAAGAAGAAAAGGAAGGAGGGUGAAGAUGGCAAUCUAGGCAGCACUGAAGCUGAGGUGGAUGAUGAAACCAAAAAGGAUGAUGAUGUCGUAAAAACCGCCUUGCAGAAUAUUUUACAGGAAGCUGUUGAUACAUAUCAACUCGGUCAUGAGUCGCCAAAUAGAAACGAAUACUUGGAAGGUCCUAGGCAUUUGACUUUGGAUGAUAUGGAUAUAGACGGAGAGCGUAAGGAUUUAAUCAAUAAGGAAAUUGAGACGUUUCGGCGUCGCAAUGAGAAGGAGGCUCCUUCUGAAGAGCGGGGCAAGCGUUCAAGAGAACUCGACUACUACACCUCUCGUUACUCCUCGCGCAAUCUCUCGAGAUCCGAUCGAGAUUCGGAAAGGGGCAGUCGCUAUUCACGCUCUCGAUCACGAUCCAGGGAACCGCCAAAAAAGCGUCCACGCGGGGGUAUUACCAGUUCCACUUUGAUUUCUGAAAAACACUAUCGGUCGAGUCAGAUUGAUGAGGAAGAAGAGGCGAUUAAGAAAAGACUCGAAAGGAAACUUAAGGAGAAGGAGGAGUCCUACCAGAAUCGACUUCGACAAUGGGAAUGUCGUGAGCGUAAAAAGCAUGCUGAGUAUGAGCGGGAGAAAGAGCGCGAAAAGAAGAAACAGGAAGAAAUUCGAGCAGAAGCGAAAAACUUAUUGGAUUUCUUUAUUACAUAUGACGAUGACGUGGAGGAUUCCAAGUUCUAUAAAGGGAGUGCCUUUCAACGGCGACUUACCGAUCGUGAAAUUGAAGAGACAGCCGAUGAAAGGGAUCGGCAAAAGGAAUUGGAGGUUUUUGAAUCAUCUAGUCGCAAGCUGAUUGAGGAGGCAGAUCCGAACGCAGAGUCGCUCAUUUUACAAAUGGAACAAGCAAUGCAAGAACAUCUGCAAAAACGUCUCAAUCUCAACGCUCAGACUCCCAUUGAUCAAACGAGAUCAAGAUCUAGUUCGAAGUCUAGGAAUGUGUCUCCUGCGCCACAGUCCGUGGCGGGUUUCGUUGAGGCGCCCAUGGUUAUUUCUGCUGGCUUUAAACCAGUUUCUCCUGACGAUGUUUCGCGAACUAGUGAUAAUGCCACACCUAAGGAUGUAUCCGGUUCAGAGCCAUCUCGAAAGGAUUCAAGCACUUUUCUGUUCUCAAUGUCUUCGAAGUCUACAGAAAAUGUGCUUAAGCCGGCCGCAGCGUUCGCUGACGAGGAAGUCGAGACUAAGUCUAAACGUCCUGCGUUGAGUUGGUUGCCGCCCUCUUCAGACAAAGCUACGACUUCUGUCAGUGGUUUUGUCUUCCCCGACCUGAAAGCAGUUGCAAAUCUCCCCAUUUCUGAGAAAAGAGCCAUUAUCAAGCAAAUUAUCGAGCGGAUUCCUACUUCUAGGGAGGAGUUGUUCGCCUACCCAAUUGAUUGGAAGGCAGUUGACGCGGAAUUUGUGAAGGAGCGAAUUAAGCCAUGGGUGGAUAAGAAAAUAAUUACCUAUCUUGGCGAAGCGGAGGCUACUUUGUCCAAUUUUAUCUGCGAACAGGUUCUUGAACAUAAGCCACCUGGAAAGAUCCUCGCCGAUGUUGCACUGGUACGAAUUGGUUUCUUUUCCUCUAUUUCAGUUCUCGAAGAAGAGGCGGAAGUUUUUGUUGUCAAGAUGUGGCGACUCCUCAUUUAUGUAAUCGCAGAAAAGAAUCUUGGUCUUACUCGUAUGCGAAUUCGUCAAAUUGCGCGGAUGAUGGGUUCGGUCUUUCGUUACGUAAGGGAGCGCUUUGAUCGCCCAAGUUCUCCUGCAUACAGUUUUCUUCCCGACAACAUUGCUAGCAGACGCUUUGGGUUUAAGAAAUUUGUCAAUCAAUUGUUGCUGUAUCGUGGUUUGUUUGUCCAGCAUGCGCCACCGCUCCUUUGUCUAUUUUUAACCUGUCUAAUCGCUUCUCUGCCCUUGAGUGCAUGGAAGGAAAGCUGUGUAUUCACUGUCAUACUAAUAACUCUUUUAGUUCUCGCUCUGGUGUACUUUAUUGAGUCGUUUUUUACUUUCGCGCCAAACGUUCCCGGAGGCAGUCGUUUCUUUACAGAAAUGCCCCAGUUUCCAGCAUGGCGUAUUGUUAAGCUCACCGUGCCUCCGACGGGAAGUGGUUGUAACGUCGUACUGAAGUGUUUUCUCAUCUUACAAGAAGACCUGACAAAGCGAGCAGUAGCGCCAACCGUACUCUUCCUCCAUGGGAAUGCUGGAAACAUUGGUCACCGUCUGCCGAUUGCGAAGAUGCUCUACGACGCAUGCGGUGCUAACGUCUUUCUACUAGAAUACCGCGGUUUUGGAUAUUCAACUGGACAACCAAACGAGUACGGUAUGCACAGUGAUGCGAUGGCAGCGUUUGACUAUUUAGCAUCAGGAGCAGAAGGCGAUGUGGAUGGCAGAAACAUCUUCAUUUUUGGUCGUUCCCUUGGUGGCGCUGUCGCCAUAGAUCUAAGCACUCGACCCGGGGUAGCAAUGCGUGCUCGCGGGACAAUCCUUGAGAAUACGUUCACUUCUAUCGCAGGGAUGAGCCAAACAAUAAGCUGCAAUGCGAUUGGUCCUCUGGGGAAGUACUGUACGCCCACAUUCCUAAUCCAUAAUCGCUUUGAAUCACUGAAAAAACUUAGGACGCGUAAUGCAAUCGGAGGUAUGAAAUUUCUCUUCAUCUCUGGCACGAAAGACGAACUCGUGCCACCAACCAUGAUGAUGCAGUUGGCUAGUGCAUGGGCCGCGAGUUCGGGUCGUCAAGAUUCUGAAACGUCGUGGAUCUUUGACAAUCCCCAAAAAUUUCUGACCGGUGGAAGAGAAGGAAUCGUGUGCUUCACUGAAGGAAACCACGGAACUACAUGGGUGUGCGAAGGCUACAGUGACGUAGUUCGUCACUUUAUUUCCCUGCACAGUACUUCUGGUGGCACAACCGACUGA